AAAACUGUUUAAUCUAGUAUUGAGUAUAUUUAUAAUAAAAUCAAAAUAUUUUCUCUAUGAUUUUGUAUGAUAUAAAUGGUUUCUUAUAGGUUAUGUGGUAUAAAACUGCAUUAUAAAUAGAAUUAUAAAAUUUUUUACCUUUAAACAAUCACAAUGCCAAAUGAUCAAAUAGAAAUUUCUAAACCACCUGUUCCUAAAGCACGUCGUUCCAUAAGAGACACUAAUGUACAAGUAAUUGAAGAAAUUGAUUCCUUCAAAAACUCUAAAAAUUCAUUGGCAAUGGAAAACAUAUACAGAACUAACCAACAAGGUUCAGAAAUUUGUAAUAUUUCUGAUAUCCAAUAUACCGAUGAUGAAGAUGACGAUGAAGAAGAUGAUGAUAGUGAUGAAGAUAAUAGUAAUUACAACAUUUCCAAACGGUGUCUUAACGUAAAUACUUCACGAGAUAGCAUACGACAAGAAUCUUUUCAUACUCCAUGUAAUUCUCCUAUAGGAUCACAGGUGCAUAAACGAAGCUCUCAUAACCCUCAUGGAAAUCAAUCUUUUAACAAUAAUAGUUCUUUCUCGUGUAAAACACAAAAACAACCCACAGAUGGGUUUUUUCCAAAAUAUACCACAUUUUUUUUCUGUGUUGCUAUUUUAUGUUCAAUUCUAUUUCUUAUUUAUACUUCAAUAAAAACUCAUGAAAAUCUGAAGGGAACUACUGAAGCAAAACAAACAGAUUUUACUGAUAUAAAUAACUUACUGCAUAAAUCAAUACAGUUAAUUCAGACACGAUUUCAUAAUCAAAGAUCUAAUAUUUGGAAUGAUAUAUCAGCUGGAAUAUAUGAUGUAAUCUUAUUCCCUACAAAACCUUCAAUUAUUAUUUUAUUUGGAAAUGAAACUAAAACCUUGAAUUGUUUAGCUCAAUUACUUGGACAAUUGAGUGCUAAAAUUUUAGGUAAUAAUGAUUAUUUAGAAUUGACACCAAAAGACUUUCCAAAUGAUGUUGGACAAGUCAUUUAUAAUUUAAGAAAACGAAUUACACAAAAAAAAGUAAUAAUAAUACAAGAUUUAUUAAGCAUAAACACUGAAGCACUAAAAGCUUUUCACAAUUUUUGUGACAGAGAAAAACCUUUAGUUGAGAAUGUUAUAUAUAUAAUAACUGUGACUGUUGAUGGGUACAAAUCGUCUCAAAGGGAAUUAGAAUUUAUUGAAAAUCAAAUAUUUAAAAGAUUAUCAAACUAUAUGCACAAAGACAUUCUAGAUCCACUAGUAACUAGACUUACAGAUGGAAUUAUUGUACCCAUUUUACCAGAAACAAAUACAAAUUUCAAUUAUGCAGAUUGUUCUUUUUCUAUAAACAAUAAGUUAUAACCUUUUAAUAAACUUAGAGGAUAUAAUUAAUUAAUAUAACAUUGUGAUAAUAAAAAGUAUAAAAAUAUUAACAAGAUGUAAUAUAUAAUUUUGCUACUGUAGAGUGUAUCAUGGAUAGUAUUUAAGUGAAUGAAUAAAAGUUUUGUAU